AUGGCCUCCUUCCAGGACCGUGCCCAGCACGCCAUAGCGCAGCUCGACAAGGAGCUCUCCAAGUACCCUAUCCUCAAUAACCUGGAGAGACAGACCUCCGUCCCCAAGGUGUAUGCCAUCCUGGGCCUGGUCGGAGUUUACUUCUUCCUUGUCUUCUUCAACAUCGCUGGCGAGUUCCUUGUCAACUUCGCCGGUUUCCUUAUCCCCGGCUACUACUCGCUCCAGGCGCUGUUCACUUCGACUACCACGGAUGACACUCAGUGGCUGACGUACUGGGUGGUCUACGCCUUCCUGACCGUGAUCGAGAGUGCCAUCCACGCCGCCUACUGGUUCCGUAUGUUUGAGCAUGACCCCCCGUCAGUCCUUGACUUCGCUGACCAUAGAGCAGCCUUCUACUACAUCUUCAAGUUUGUCCUGAUCCUGUGGAUGGCCCUCCCCCAGACCAACGGCGCUCAAAUCGUCUUCACCUCCUUCCUUCAGCCCCUGGUUGGCCGCUUCUUCUCCAGCACCGGCACCUCCGCCAACCUCCGCGCCCAGGCCGAGGCUGCGAGCAAGCCGCACUCCACUUAA